UCUCUUUGGAAGAUGCUUAUAAAGGCCAUGGUCUCCAACUGAGUAGCUGAGCCUGAUGUGAUGGCCAGGCAAUACAGUGUAAAGCCCCUGCAGUCUUUCUAUGGCUUGGGAGCGGAAUCGCCAUGCCCAAGCUCAACUUCCUUCAAGAUCAGAAGCCUGCUCAAGGUCUACCUCCUUCGACACAUCUCCCAUGCCAAGUCCAUGGUCGCGGAGCUUCUUAAGAAGAAGAAGAAGGCCAUCGACAGCAACCGCGACUUUAAGCUGAGGAAGACGAAGAAGAAGCUCUUCGGCUUCUUUAAGCUGCACCGUAGCUGGUCAUCCUCGUGCGUGACACCCAUGCCGCCGCAGCUUCCCAUCUCGGAGUUUGAUGACUCGACGGUGAUCUUCACCGAGGACAGCGCUGGUGAGGCGGAGCCACCACUCGGUGGGUGCCUCGACUGGCUCGAGGACGAGUCGGAGGCUUCGGGAGGGGAUACGGGCGAAGGAAGCGAGAUCGAUCGGCUCGCGGAGAGGUUUAUAGCGAGGUGCCAUGAGAAGUUUAGGCUGGAGAAGCAGGAGUCGUACAGGAGGUACCAGGAGAUGCUUGCAAGAAGCAUAUGAGACUGUUAUGUUGCAAGAAGCUGUCCAUCGGAGAAUGUUUCCGGUGAAUAAAGUUUGGCCAUUAGAGGA